UCAAAACUGCAUUCCAAAACAUUGCAGAGUUGCGAUCAUGAGGGCUGUUGCUACCUGGCUUGAUAAAGUUCAAGAUCGGGAUAAAGUUGAACAAUGUAUUUGGAGUAUUUGCUUCAAGCCUGAUGGCAACCAGCUGAUUGUGGCUGCAGGGAACCGUGUACUUGUAUAUGAUGCUAUUGAUGGUACAUUAAUUCAACCACUCAAGGGUCACAAAGAUACUGUAUAUUGUGUCGCAUAUGCCAAGGAUGGGAAACGCUUUGCUUCAGGUUCAGCUGAUAAAAGUGUCAUUAUCUGGACAAGUAAACUUGAGGGUAUUUUGAAAUACACCCACAAUGAUGCUAUUCAGUGCUUGUCUUACAAUCCUGUCAGCCAUCAGCUUGCCAGCUGUGCAGUCAGCGAUUUUGGUUUGUGGUCACCAGAGCAGAAAUCUGUCUCAAAACACAAAGUGAGCAGCCGCAUUACCUGUUGUAGUUGGACAAACGAUGGACAGUACUUGGCUCUUGGACUCUACAACGGCUUUGUCAGCAUAAGAAAUAAGGCUGGAGAAGAAAAGGUGAAGAUAGAGAGACCUGGUGCCAACAUAGCACCGGUAUGGUCAAUUUCCUGGAACCCAAGCAAGGAUGAGGCUUAUGAUGUUCUAGCAAUAGCAGACUGGGGUCAGAGACUUUCAUUUUACCAGCUGUCAGGCAAACAGAUUGGGAAGGACCGGACACUUAACUAUGACCCCACUACUGUGAGUUGGUUCUCAAAAGGUGAAUACGUAGUUGUUGGAGGAUCGAACAGAGAGUGCUGCCUACACACCAAAGAAGGGGUCAAACUCGGAGUUAUUGGCGAGCACAGUUCUUGGGUGUGGUGUGCUGCUGUAAAACCAGAUUCGAAUUUCGUGGCAGUUGGAUGUCAAGAUGGAACACUUGCAUAUUACCAGCUUGUGUUCAGCACUGUUCAUGGUCUGUAUAAAGAUCGCUAUGCCUACCGAGACAAUAUGACUGAUGUCAUCAUACAACACUUGAUCACAGACCAAAAAGUAAGAAUCAAAUGCAGAGACCUCGUGAAGAAAAUUGCUAUAUACAGAAACCGGCUUGCUGUCCAGCUUCCGGAUCGCAUCAUUGUAUACGAGCUAUACUCGGAUGAUUCUGCUGACAUGCACUAUCGAGUGAAGGAGAAAAUCAACAAGAAGUUGGACUGUAACCUUCUGGUUGUCUGUUCGCAAAAUAUCAUUUUGUGUCAGGAAAAACGGCUACAAUGUUUGUCAUUCUCUGGCACUAAGGAAAAGGAAUGGUUGAUGGAGUCGUUGAUCAGAUACAUCAAGGUCAUUGGUGGACCAUCGGGCAGAGAAGGACUGCUUGUUGGGCUUAAGAAUGGACAGAUAAUGAAGAUAUUUGUGGACAAUCCCUUCCCAAUUCUGUUGCUGAAGCAGAACACCUCAGUGAGGUGUUUGGAUCUGAGUUGUACACGCAGCAAGCUGGCUGUUGUGGAUGAACAUAACACUUGUCUCGUCUACGAUCUCCACUCUAAGGAGCUGUUGUUUCAGGAACCAAAUGCCAACAGUGUUGCAUGGAAUACGCAUUAUGAAGACAUGUUGUGUUUUUCUGGCAGUACCAUGCUCAACAUCAAGGCAAGCAAUUUCCCAGUCCACCAACAGAAGAUGCAGGGCUUUGUAGUUGGAUUCAGUGGUUCGAAGAUAUUCUGCUUGCAUGUGUAUGCAAUGGCUGCUGUUGAUGUUCCGCAGUCAGCAUCCAUGUAUCAGUAUCUGGAGAAGAAACUCUUCAAGGAUGCAUAUCAAGUAGCAUGUCUUGGUGUCACAGAUGGAGACUGGGAGGUGUUAGCUCAUGAAGCUCUUGAGGGACUGGACUUUGACAUCGCCAAGAAAGGUUUCAUCAGAAUUCGAGAUCUGCGUUAUCUUGAACUGAUUUACUCCAUAGAGGAGCGUAAGAAGCGAGGUGAGACGGACAACCUGGUGUUCCUGGGUGAUGUAUACUCACACCAGGGAAAGUUCCACGACGGCGCAAAACUCUACAAGAAGUCAAACCAUGAACAGAAGGCACUGGCCAUGUACACUGAUCUCAGAAUGUUUGAUUAUGCUAAGGAGUUGAUUGGAGCGGGUGACCCUCAGGACAAGAAACUGCUGAUUGCCAAGCAGGCUGACUGGGCUAAGAGCAGCAAUGAACCGCGUACAGCUGCCGAGAUGUACAUCAGCGCAGGGGAAUACCUCAAGGCUAUCGAUAUUGUCGGAGAACAUGGCUGGCCAGACAUGAUGAUUGAUUUGGCCCGCAAGCUGGAUAAGGCGGAUAGGGAGGCAUUGUCACGGUGUGCCAACCACCUGGCCAAAAUGGAGCAGUAUGCUUAUGCAGGAGAAGUGUACACCAAGAUGGGAGAUAUCAAGGCUCUGAUCUCCAUGAGGGUGGAAGCCAAACACUGGGACGAUGCAUUUACUCUUGUGGAAAAGCAUCCUGAGUACAAAGAAAAUGUUUACGUCCCAUACGCCCAGUGGCUGGCUGAGAAUGAUCGAUUUGAGGAGGCACAACAAGCUUUCCACAAGGCAGGCCUCCAGGCUGAGGCAGUAAAAGUUCUCGAGCAGCUGACAUUAAAUGCAGUGGCCGAGAGCCGAUUCGAUGAUGCAGGAUAUUACUUCUGGAAGCUGGCAAGACAGUGCUUAGACAUUGCAAAAGAUGAGCCUUCGAAAAAAGAUGAAAUGCUUGAAAAGUUUGCAGAUUUUCAGAGAAAAGCAGAGAUGUAUUAUGCUUUUCAAGUGAUUUAUAAACAGGUGGUGGAGCCAUUUACUUCAAGUCGGCCUGAAGAUCUUUUCAACAUGUCCAGAUUCCUUCUGCACUCCAUGCCAACUGCCAAUGACAUACCUCCUGGAAUAUCUAAAGCUGCGGCCCUUUAUACGCUUGCAAAACAGAGUAAAAAUCUGAGUGCGUUUAAAUUGGCUCGGUAUGCCUACGAGAGUCUGCAGACAGUGAGAGUUCCACAACACCUUCAGGAACUCGUAGACCUGGGCAGUCUGACCAUCAAGACAAAGCCAUUCCAAGACGCAGAGGAACUGUUACCGAUGUGCUAUCGCUGCUCAACAACAAACCCUCUCUUCAACAACUGUGGAAAUCAGUGUGUCAACUGUAGUCAGCCGUUCGUCUUCUCAUUUGUCAGCUUUGACGUGCUACCGCUGGUGGAGUUUGUCCUGGAUGAUGGGAUCACAGAUGAAGAGGCACUGCAUAUUCUUGACAUGUCCAUACCGAGAAAGAAGAAGGAGAACACCGGUCACUGGCAGGAAUCUCGCAUGGGCAACAUGCAAACAUUAAGACUUGGAGAUGAACCACCAGAAGAGGUUGAAGAUCCUUUUAAAGCAAGACUCAAGACAUACAAUGAGAAUUCGUCCGACUUCAAACCAGUGGUUGUGAACAAGGCCAUUCUAAAAAGCAUGACUCGCUCAGAGGUGUAUGUUCUGAAGUGGCCGAAGCCUCUGCGGUAUCAGUUUUACAGGAGCUUACUGCCCGAUAUUACCAUAACACUGUGCCCAUCAUGCAACAAGCUCUUUCAUACUGAUGAUUUUGAACAGAAGUAUCUACAAAAUGGAUAUUGUCCUUUCUGCAAAGUGAAAAUGGAGGAUUGAAGAUUUUUUGCAUACCACAAAUGAAAAUAUUCUUCCGUCCAUUUCUCAGAUGAUCUGACUUUUAAUUCUAAUUAGUUAUUUUAAUCUGAGGAUUUUCAUCAGAGGUAUCCUCAAAAUUGUUUUACAACUUUACAAGACUGAAGACAGCUUUUGUGUUCCAUUUAUAAAAAAAAGUCCCCAAAACACUGGGACCACAUUCCGUCCAUUUAUUUCACUUCACUUGCAUUAAUGUUCUUAUGCAAUUUAGUCAAUAUUUAUACAGUGGAAUUCAAAAGUGCAUUUUUGUCAAAGUGAGCUUCAAAAAUAUUUUGAGAGAUGAGGUCUUAUAAAAAGACAAAGCCUCUUUAUCUAUAUUUUGGUUAGUAAUUUAACAUUGUUGAAAUAUGUUUGUGUACAACAUGAUCAACAAUUGUGUAUUUUUAAGAGAUAAAUGAAUUGAAUAUAUUGGAGAUUUUAAUCAAAUUUAUUUGACCUGUAUAUCAAUCUAGCUCUGGAAUGAUCAUCAGACUCUAUCACAUAUGGAUUAUCAUAUGAUUCAUGUGGAUGAUACAAGUUUGAUGGAAAUCAACGUGAAACAAAACGCAAGUGUUCUAACUAGCAAUAAAACAAAGGAUGUGGAAGUUCCUUUAUCUGUGACAUAUUGUCAAACGUUUUUGCGUUGAGAACUCCAACCUAAAGUGCUACUAUUGGUAGGAGCUAGUGGGGAUUUCUCUAUUAGUUCUGUUGGUAGUGUGCUGAAGUCCAUAUCAAGAUUAUAUAGUUAAAUCUAUUUAUUUGUUUUAUUUUAUUAGUAGUAAACAAUUACUAAUGUUUGGUUUUUUUUAUAUCUUGUAAUCCUUCACCGAGUUCAACAAUCCACCUUUUCUUACCGUGUCCAUUUCUCCACAAGAUCAUAAGACAUUUUGUUUUUGUAAUAUUGACUGAUCGUGACCUUUUUAUCCUUAAUGGAUUGUUAAAUGUUUGCCGUCCAUUUUUUUAUUUAUAUAAUAUUUUAAUUACCAAAUAUGUUAUGAGAUUUCAUCAUAUUCAUUGAUUUCAGUUUCUUGUACAGUAUAUGUGCAUGUUAAGACAGUGUUUCCAAUGCAAUAAUAGCACAUACCUGCAAUCAUCUAGAAAGAAAAAAAAUAAAUGUUUAAAGUUUUUUUUAAAGUUUAAUUAUUAUUUUAAUUUUUUUUAUUUCGUUUAACAUGCAUUGAAAUGAACAUUUAUGGAUGCAACUGUCAGUGACAUCGAAUAAGUUUAUGGUGGGCAAGACGUUCAAUUCUGCAGAAUUCUUGUUUUUAAUGGAGAAACAGGUUAUCAUAGUAAAACUAGUACUGUGAUCUGUACGUGUACUAGUAUAUCAUAUUUCAUUGAGGUAAUAUUAUUAACCACUGUUAAGACAUAGAGAUUAUUAAACGAGCUUGUGUGUCAUACUGAUUUUACGAAACGAGUGUCAGGAUUUUUGUAUUGCCCGAGCGAGAGCGAGGGUAAUACAUGAAUCCUGGCGGAGUUUCGUAAAAUCAGUACGACUCACACAUGAGUGUAAUAAUUUCUUUAUUAUCCAUAUUAUUAUUUUCUUUAUGAGAGACCCAACUCAAAAUGUUUCAAAUGCAGUCUUGAGCUAGGCCUUGGCAAGCAACAUCAUGUUAUGACGUCGCUUCCCAAAAUUUACGUCAUCUCACUUGUUAUUACACAUGUGCUUUGUAUGAUUAUUAUUAACUCGGUUUAUGUUACCAUGUGGAUAAUAAUAAUAUUCUAUCAUAUGUUUGAACAACUGAAAAAAGAAGAAAUGACACAGACCCUGUAUGCAUUCCGAGCCUAAGACCGGUUUUAUUAUUGUGUUGGAUUAUUUAUAUGAUGUUAAGAAUUGUGUUGCAUUAAAUUCGCGAAUGUUAUAUUGAAAACUUGUUUUGUACAUUCCAUACAGAAUCUGUGAUGCAGAAAUCCUGGCUAUAAAUGCCAUGCAAAAGGCCUACACAAAAUAACAUGAUUGAUGUGGUCUUUAUAGCAGGUUUUCAAAAUACAUGUAUAUAUUGUUAAAUAUAUUUGCAUGUACUAAUAAAGUGUGAAAUAAUAUUAGUAGAUUUCCGAUUAUUUACUGAAAAAUAAAAUAUAUUAUAUGUU